AUGAAAGGCCCCAAGUCGGCUGCCGCUAGGUCACGGCGUGCAGGCAGAAGAUCUCGAAUUAGUGGCCCGUCAAGUGUUGUUUCCCACGCUUCACUUGACGAAUAUUUGCGCUCUCUUCCACCAGGAGACUGCCUUGGCGAUGACCAUCGCUGUCGCUCUUCAGUAGCUACUCGCGUCACCUUCCAGAACGUCAACGGUGUUCCGGAGGAAGGCGACCAUGUGAAACAGCGGCAGAUCAACUCCUGGCUACAAGACAAGCAAGUGGGAAUAGCGUUGUUGGCGGAGGCCAAAACGUUUUGGCCCUCUAUCCCAGAGGGUCAUGGGUGGAACGAUAGGAUGCGACAAGCUACAAUGAAGGCAAAGCACAAAGGUUUUUAUUCGGCUGUCGCUUAUAAUAAACAGCAGUCACAAUCUUCAGCAACUACAGCCUUUCAAUGGGGAGGAUGCAUUGCGACAGUACUUAGUCAGGUCUCGCACCGAGCUAAAGAAUCAGGGAGCGAUUCGACGGGGCUGGGACGGUGGGCUUAUGUCCGUCUUCAAGGAAAAAAGCUGCAGGCGCAGGGGGUGAUGAUCACUCUGGCUUGGCCAAAGAGAGAAGGUACGGGGGAAUCGACCGUGUGGGCCCAACAACGUCUAUACUUUAACUCUAUAAAACGUAAGAUUGAUCCGCGCAAAGCAUUGGUCGAUGACCUGUGCAAGCAAAUUCAAAAAUGGAGGGACGAGGGUUGUGAAGUUUUGCUGGGGAUCGAUGCUAACGAAGACCUUUCGGUCAACUCCCCGGACUCCAUACGACAGCGGUUUCGUGAGUGCGGAAUGGAGGAAGCGAUUUUGAAACGGCAUCCCCCCACGGCGACCCACCAACGAAAUCAAAGCAACGUUCCUAUCGACGGAAUCUUUACCACUUCAGGUGUUCCGGUUCUGGCUGGUGGCUACUACGCAUUUGGUGAAUUUGUUGAAGCAGACCACAGGGCACUAUGGAUCGAUAUUGACUUGAACACGGCUUUGGGCAAUUUCACACCCCAGGGGUCUACCUUUAAACCUUGCAAACUCACUCUUUUGGAUAAGCGGUCGACACCCAGUACGGUCUGUACCAAUACAACCGGAUGGCUAUGGGAUUGA